GCAUUUACUGGUCUGAUCAUUUGAGCCCAAUCAUGAUCUACCAAUUGCAGACUUGAAAAAAUAUUAUUUCAGAGGAAAUCAAUCAAAGAAAUAUAUCAAUAUCAUGUCACAAAUGAUCAGUUAACCUCAAUCUUACCUGAUAUUCAACAUGAUCUCAGGAGACUCAGGUGAUCACUGAACUUGCCGACAAGCUAGUGGAUUUGUAUUUUAAUUAAGAUAAGAUUUUCAAUAAUAAGACUAUGUGGUAACUUUGUGAACUUUUAUAUGUAUCAAGAAUGUUUUCUAUUGUUUAUAUGUGCUUAGACAAUUCCUAAAAGUUUUACAGGUAUCACGGAAUGACCCAUGAGUUUUGUUUCAUCAACAUUUAUGUGUUUGAAUAAUGUUUAUUUUGAGAAAUUGUAUUUUUGACAUAACUAUGUUUUCUGUAAAAUUUGUCAGUUUUAUCAUGAAAGCAUAAUUUGUCUCACAAUAUGAUUUCCCUGUAAAUAAAUUGUGGUCAUUCCUAAUAUAUUUGCACCCAUUUCUUUUUACCUGUGGCUGUAUAAUGUUUUUUCAUCAUAUAUAUUUGCACCCUCAUUUCUUUUUACCUGUAUAAUGUUUUUUCCUCGUAUAUAUUUGCACCCUCAUUUCUUUUCACCUGUAUAAUGUUUUUUCAUCUGUUUUUUUUAUCACUAUGUAAAAUCAGUUUGUUGUUUGAAUUUGCCAACUGUAAAAUAUGUUUUAUCAGGGCUUUUACUGUCACCUAAAAUUUCUCAAAUGUUUUUAUUAUAGGAAUUUUUUAUACAAAAUAAUAUUUCUAUAUUUCCUCCUUAAAACAGCAAGAUUCUUUCCCGGGGAAAGGAAUUUCUCUAUGGUCUCAUGGUUGGUAAAGCACUGACCUAACCCUCAGACUGUCAGAUAUACCAAGUCCAUAGGGUUCUUUGUUUAUUGUGUUCUUUGUUGAACUUGCUCUAUUUUGGAACAUAUUUUCUCUUUCACAUUUAAAGUAUACAGUUUUGGCCUUUUCUGUUUCAGUACAGUCAGUAGGGCACAGUUCUGUGCUUCCGAGAUGUCUUGACAUUUGGUGCAAUAAUACAAACACUGUAUUUGUCUCGGAAACAGUAACUUAUUAGGUAUUCAGUCUAUCUAGUAUUUGUUCAGUUCUAGUAUUUGUUCAGUUGUGUGAUUAUGCAAAUUUCCUUUCUUUGUUUUUCAGGUUUUAGCUUAGCCUUUACUAGCAGACAAGAUCUACUUGAUUAUUAAAGGUCAUGGAACAACAAUCACUUGGGGGAAUUGGCCCAGGUGCACCUCCACCUGUAGGACAGAUGCCGCAGCCGCCCCAACAACAGCAGCAACAAAUGCCGACCCAACAAGUCCCGAUGCAGGGUCAACCAAUGCAGCAGAAUCCACAGAUCCAACCUCCGAACUAUUCUUAUCCAGCUCAAGGGGGCUAUGGUUCUGCACCCAGUACCGCUCCGCCUGGUCAAACUAUUCACCCAACACAACAACCCCAAUCACAGUAUAACCCACAGAUGGGACAACAGCAACAUCACCCAGGCAUGGGGAUGCAGCAACCUCAUCCUUCUGCAGGUCAACCUCCUGCACAAUAUGGACCCCCAGCUAGCCAAGGCCAUACUCAAGUUCAACAUUAUCAGGGUCAACCAACACAGCAAGUUCAAUAUACUCAAGAUAGUAUGGGUUCCUGGCAAAAGGCGACUCCCAUGCCGACACAAAGUCACAUGCCACCUCCUCAAGGUCAUCCCCCGCCUCCACAAGGUCAUCCUCAGGCACCCCAAGUUCAUCCGCAGGCACCCCAAGGUCAUCCUCAGGUGCCACAAGGACAUCCACCACCACAACCUCACAUGCCUGCACCCCAAGCACAUAUGCAACCACCUCAAGGUCACAUGCAACCACCACAAGGACACCCACCUUCUCAAGGACAAGUACACAUGCCAUCACAGUCCCAUAUGACGGCACCCCAAGGUCAUCAGCAAGUUCCUCAAGGACAACAACAAAUGUCAGGUUAUUCUCAGUACCCAGCUCAACCUCCACAGACUCAACAACAUGGAUACCCACCUCAGCACCCACAAUACAUAGCACCACAAUCUCAACCUGCAGCUCGAGCACCUGCACCACCGCCACCUGCUGCAGGUAGUCAAGCUACACCCCAACCACCAACAGUAUUGCCGGAUCAAUCAACCAGGGCUCAGUUGCCUCCAGGAACUCAAGUUGCAUUUUCUAAUCCUCAGUUGUACCAACUCCGAGCACAAAUUAUGGCUUAUAAAAUGUUGGCGAGGCAACAAGGAAUUCCGCAUCAGUUAUUACAAGCAACUAGUGGAAAACGUCAGCCCAUUGGCACUGGAACAACCUUGGUUGGUUCGUCUCCUUCUGUUGAUACUAAAGGACAACAACAAUCAACCACUACUGUUGCUUCUGGUCAAGAGAAUGUUAAGCCUGCUGCUGCUGCAAAAACUUCUGUAACUGCUACUGCAAAACCAGAGCAACCAAAGGAUCUGGCAACUCUACUGAAACUACCACCCAAACAUACAAAACUCACACCAUUGAAAAAACCUGAAGGAAUCGAUCCAAAUAUCAUCUUGCAAGAAAGAGAAAACAGGAUCCAAGCACGGAUUGCUCAAAGAAUUGAUUUGCUCGAGCGACUGCCUGCCAACAUAGCUGAAGAUUUGAGAGUGAAGGCAACAAUUGAACUGAAAGCACUGAGGUUGCUUGGUUUUCAAAAACAACUCCGCCAAGAAGUUCUGGGUGCCAUGAAGCGUGAUACUACUCUUGAAACAGCCCUGAAUGCCAGAGCUUACAAGAGGACAAAAAGACAAACUCUCAGAGAAGCUCGAAUCACAGAAAGAAUGGAAAAACAACAACGCAUGGAAGCAGAAAAACGAAGACGUCAAAAGCAUCAUGAUUUCUUGCAAAGCAUCAUUCAACAUGGCAAGGAAUUUAAAGACUAUCAUAGAAAUUGUACAGCGAAGAUUGGAAAAUUGAACAAAGCGAUACUCCUUUAUCAUGCAAACACGGAGAGAGAGCAACGAAAAGAACAGGAAAGAAUUGAAAAAGAGAGAAUGAGAAGACUAAUGGCUGAAGAUGAGGAAGGAUAUAGGAAACUCAUUGAUGAAAAGAAGGAUAAAAGACUCGCUUACUUGCUCAAACAAACUGAUGAAUACAUCGGAAAUAUUGUACAGUUGGUUCAAGAACACAAAGUACUACUUGCUAAGAAGAAGGGCGUUAGAAAAAAGAAGAAAAAAGAAAAAGUUGAAGGCGCAGAAAGCGAGAAUGUUGAUGAUGCAGACCGUCACAUCGCUGUUCUAAAUACUGAGACAGGUGAAGUAAUGACUGGAGAUGAUGCCCCUCGUGCAUCCAACCUUGACGCAUGGCUCGAAAUGCAUCCCAAUUUUCAAGUUGCACCACGAACUGAUAGUGAUGAAGAGGAAGAGGAAGAAGAAGCUGAUGAAUCUGUUGAAGGAUCACAAGAAAAAAUGGAAGAAGUUUCCAGUGAAGUUGUGGCAAGUGGAGAAAUUGAUGAUGAAUAUACACAUGGUGGUGAAGGCAAAAGUGUUGUUGAUUAUCGCAGCUACUACACAGUUGCUCAUUCUAUAACUGAAAUUAUUACUGAUCAACCAGGCAUUAUGGUUUCUGGACAACUGAAAGAAUACCAGGUCAAAGGUCUUGAGUGGCUAGUUUCAUUGUACAACAACAAUCUGAAUGGAAUAUUGGCUGAUGAAAUGGGUUUAGGAAAAACUAUCCAAACCAUUGCUCUUGUGUGUCACCUGAUGGAGAAAAAACAUGUCAAUGGGCCAUUUUUGAUUAUUGUUCCCCUAUCAACCCUUUCUAAUUGGGUGAUGGAAUUUGAGAAAUGGGCUCCAUCUGUGAUUAAGAUUGCAUACAAGGGGGCACCUCAGAUACGCAAGCAACUUACUCAGCAAUUACGAGGAGGAAAAUUUAAUGUUGUCAUUACAACUUAUGAAUAUGUUAUUAAGGAUAAGCAUGUUCUAUCUAAGGUUCGAUGGAAAUAUCAAAUUGUUGAUGAAGGUCAUAGAAUGAAGAAUCAUCAUUGUAAACUAACCCAAGUUCUUAACACUUAUUAUCUGAGUCCCCACAGAUUACUAUUGACUGGAACACCUUUACAAAAUAAACUACCAGAACUUUGGGCUCUGUUGAAUUUUCUUCUGCCAUCCAUUUUCAAGUCGUGCACCACGUUUGAACAAUGGUUCAAUGCUCCCUUUGCAAUGACGGGUGAAAAGGUGGAUUUGAACGAGGAAGAGACUAUUCUUAUUAUCCGCCGUUUGCAUAAAGUUUUGCGUCCUUUCUUACUUAGAAGACUGAAAAAAGAAGUGGAAUCACAACUGCCAGAAAAGGUUGAAUACGUUGUCAAAUGUGAUAUGUCAGCAUUGCAACGUCUUCUGUACAGUCAUAUGCAGAGGAAUGGAUUGCUACUAACUGAUGGAUCUGAGAAAGGAAAACAAGGGAAAGGAGGUGCGAAGGCAUUGAUGAACACGAUUAUGCAAUUACGGAAAAUCUGCAACCAUCCGUUUAUUUUUCAACAUAUUGAAGAAGCAAUGUGUGAACAUUUGAAGAUACCAGGCGGUAUUGUUUCUGGUCCAGACCUUUAUCGAGCUGGUGGAAAAUUUGAACUGCUUGAUCGUAUCUUCCCAAAGUUGAAGAGAACAAAUCACAGAGUUCUACUUUUCUGCCAGAUGACUUCAUUGAUGACAAUUCUUGAAGAUUAUUUCAAUUAUAGAUCUCAUAAAUACCUUCGCCUUGACGGAACAACCAAAUCUGAUGAUCGUGGAGAAAUGUUGAAACAAUUUAAUGCAAAGGGAUCAGAAUAUUUUAUCUUUUUGCUUUCUACAAGAGCUGGUGGGUUAGGGCUCAACUUACAAACAGCAGAUACUGUCUUGAUUUUUGACUCUGAUUGGAAUCCACAUCAAGAUGUCCAGGCCCAAGAUCGAGCUCACAGAAUUGGACAAACCAACGAAGUUCGAGUUCUGAGACUUAUGACUGUUAAUUCAGUGGAGGAAAAGAUUCUGGCUGCUGCUAGAUAUAAACUCAAUGUCGACUCUAAAGUCAUCCAAGCUGGAAUGUUUGAUCAGAAAUCAACAGGAAGUGAGAGAAGAGCUUUGUUAUCAACACUGAUUCGACAAUCUGCAGAAGAUGAGGAUGAAGAUGAGGUUCCUGAUGAUGAAACAAUCAAUCAAAUGAUUGCAAGAACUGAGGAGGAAUUUGAAUUGUUUCAAACAAUGGAUAUUGAACGACGUCGCGCAGAAGCAAGAGAUCCAAAUAGGAAGCCAAGACUUAUGGAAGAGGAUGAACUUCCACAAUGGCUUCUCGCUACAUCUGAAGAAAUUGAUAAACUGACAAUGGCCGAAGAAAGUGACAAACUUUUUGGACGAGGGUCAAGGGUCAGGAAAGAAGUAGAUUACAGUGAAUCACUCACAGAAAAAGAAUGGGAAAAGGUACCGGUACUAGAUUUUUUUGAAAUCUUUCACCUACAUAGUAUGGCUCUUGCUUGUUUGUUCAUUUCAAUAUCAUCUCAUACUUGGCAGAGCAUAAUUUAUUCUUUUCUAUUAUUCUGCUUCUUUCUAAUCCAGGCAAUUCAAGAUGGAAUUGACGUUGAUGAACUGGAGGAACAAAAGAAGAAAAAGAAACAAAGAAAAAGAAAAAGACCAGACGAUGAAAAAAUGGAAGUACCAGGCAGUGCGAAGAAGCGUAGAGGCCGUCCUCCAACUGAGAAAAUGACGCCUAAUCCUCCAAAACUCACGAAAAAUAUGAAGAAAAUCAUUGAUCAUGUUAUUCAGUAUUCAGACGGUUCUGGCAGACGUCUCAGUGACCCAUUCAUGCAGUUACCAGCUCGUCGAGAUCUUCCAGAUUAUUAUGAAAUGAUCAAGAAACCUGUUGACAUCAAGAAGAUAAGGGAUCGAAUCAAACAACAUAAAUACAGGUGUCUUGACGACCUGGAAAAAGAAUUUACAUCAUUGUGCAAAAACACACAAAUUUAUAACGUCGAGGGAUCUCUGAUUUACGAAGACUCAAUCAAGCUCAAUACGGUAUUUACAUACGCUCGAGAAACACUUGAGAAAACGGGACAAUUACCAGCACUCCCAAAACAUGACAACACACCUGGAGAUGAAGAUCCUGAUGAUGACGACAACAGUAUUACACAAGAUAAAGAUGAUUCCAGCAUCAAUGAUAGAACAGUCGAGAAUAUUGAAAACGAUUCUGAUAGUGAACCCCUGAAAGUAAAAAUCCGUUUAUCAAAAGAGUCAAAUGGAUCGAACAAUGAAGAAGCAUCGACUUCCAAACAUAAAAUCAAAAGUUCGAAGAGAGCAAAAGUCAUUUCUGAUGAUGAAGAUGACAGUGAUCAGGCGCAGUCGAGUGAGGAAUAGUGAUAAUCUACCUGAAGCUUGCGGCCCUUUGAUAAUUGAUGAAGAGGAGAUUUACCCUUUGGGUGGAAAGGACUGAACAAUUCUGUCUUUCAUGUGUUUUACGGGACCCUAUUUUUGUCUCUUGUGCCGUAAUGUGACUUUUGUUAAGUAAUGUUUGUAUUUGUUAACUUUAUGCUAUGAAAUAAUUUGUACCAAGUCAAUCAUAUUGUUAUUGUUUUGAAGAGACAUGAUUAUUUUCUUGUUUUUUUCCUGCAGAAAUAUCCAUUAAUUGUAUAGGUUGAUUUAUGCAGUAGAACCCUGACUUUUUUUAGUUCAUUUGCAUAUUCAAGAUUGGUUAGGUGAGGUUUCCCUUCUUAGCCACUUUCAAGAAAAGUGACUCAUGUUCGUUCACUAAGCCCCAGAUUGAGCAAAGAACACGAAAUUGAAAGCAUUAUAGAUAGGUUAGCAGCAUUUUGUAAGUCGUAAAAUUCUAUAGGGCCAAUAUUGUAUGAAUAUUCUGGCAUAAUAAGUAGCAAAUUUCAUGAUGGAAAUUUGCAGGGAGUAAAGCAUUCAAAAGAUUGUUUGAGUAUCAUUGUUUUUUUUGUGUGUUGUGUCUGUCUGUCUUAUCUGUUUGUGUCAUUUUUGUCAUGUUCCAACUGCAUGAUUUUGUACAUAUUUGGAAUAAAGUGAUGAUUGUACAUUA